GCCACAGACACUGACGAGACGGAGAGCACGGACAGCGAGUCCGCGAACAGCAGUUGGGAUCUCCUGCACACGAUGCCAGAGUCAGGAGAACAAGCAGGCGCCGACGGAGGUGGUCUGCAGUUUCGAGGAGAUGGACGCAUGCCAGGGGUGAAGCUCACGGUCCUCAGCAAGGAGUUGGCGAGGAAUCCCAAUUCCUAUCGCGAGUGGCGAAAAGAGAUUGAGAUCACAGAGAAGAUCUACAAGGUGGCUCCAGCGGACCUCGGACCCGUGGUGUACCUCAGCCUCGAGAAGGGCGACGGACAGCCAAGGGAGUUGGUCGAGACGCUCGACCUAGACGUGCUCAGCAGCGAGGUCGGCUUGCGGAAGCUGAUGGAGAUUCUGGACGAGGAGUUCACCGAGAAGGACUACGAGCGCAGCGAGAAGCACCUCAGGGCGUUCGAGAAAUGCCGCAGAGGCCUCGGAGAAGAUGUCGACGACUACAUAGCGAGGUUGAAGACAGCCAGGCGCAAUCUCAAAGUACACGACCCUGGCACUACAUACUCCGACACCUCAUUCGCUAGGAAGCUCUUGCGGAGCUCAGGGCUAUCUCGAGAAGCCCAGCGGCAGGUACUAGCAGCGGCAGGCGCGGAGUGGAACUCGGAGAAGAUCGAAGCGACGAUCAAGAUGGUCUAUGGCGAUGUUCACCUGGACGAGAAGCGGCGUUACGCCCUCGUGGCGGAGGAGGCGCCAGACAACCACCAGGAGGACGAGUACGAGUACUGCGAGCAGGACUCGGACGCCAUGGACGACGAAGAGGAGGUGGUGCUGGACGCGUUCUACCAGGGCUUCAAGGCGAAGAAGAAGCAGUUUGGCCGCGGCAAGGGCCGCGGGAAGAACACCACGAGUGGUGGCCGGGGAAAGAAGUCCAGGGUGUGCAACGACUGCCUUCAGCCAGGCCACUGGAAGGGCGACCCAGAGUGCCCGAAGGUGAUCGCGGGGAUUACGUCUCCAUUCAAGCCUGGCGGCAAGGGCGACGGCAAGAAGAGUUCUUCCUCGGCGAACGUGGCAGCAACGAUGGCUACGGACAGUACGGCGCACAUGGAGUUCAAGUGGUUGAACGACGGCCUGACACCGGGCUCAGAGUUCGAAGACGACUCCUUCGAGAAGGACUCAGACGAGUCCGAGGGGGUCUACAAGAGCUGGACCGAGGAGCAGCUUAGCGCGGAGUUGGCAAGGAGGAAGCAUAAAUUGACGGGACCACGGGAGGAGUUGGUCGAGAGACUCCUCCGAUCCAACCUGCACGCGUCGUUCAUGGAGGAAGAAGUUGACGGAUGGCAGGACGUGGAAAAGAAACCUUCAGGAGCGGCUGGAAGUGCCGACGGCGGCAAGAAGCCAAAGCCCUCAGCGCGGCCGAAGCCUAAAUCGACACCAGCGGCUUCGAGGUUCCAGUCGGAUAGGAUCCACGUCAGCGGCGACGACGUACGCUCGUUGGUCGAUCGGUACAGGGCGCGGCUGGACGAGUUCGUGGUGGACUUCACGAACCGCGCGCGCGACCACCACGCGGGAUACGUGACCGACUGCGAGCUGGAGGUGUUCAGGAUCCUGACGGCGAAGCAGCUGCAGGACAUACUCUUGAUGCUCGAGCAGCCCUACAGUGGCACCAAGCGGGAGAGGAUCGAUAGGUUGAUAGCGUUCAUCACCGACCAGGUGGAGAACCCCUGCGAGCACAAGAAUGCGGGCUCCGGCGAGGCCCUGGACAACGUUCGCUGGACAACCACCUCUACCUGGACGUUCGCGAUCUGCAAGAACUGCAACCGGUACGUCCAGCGGAUCCCGAAGACGAACUACGCGAAGGAAAUCAGGGAUAAGGCGUACAGCCGCGAGGACAAGAGGGACGCGCUCGUGGUCAACGACGUGUUGUGGGACGACAUCGGCACGACGGAGCUAAUCAACGACAGCGGAUGCAGGCGCAGCGUCGCAGGACACGAGUGGCACGACAACCUACAGGCCCACCUGAAGAGUUUGGGUCUCCAGCCGGUCAAGAAGGACAUCAAUGAGGAGUUCAGGUUCGGCGGCGGCGACGUGGCAGUCAGCACGGAGUCGUUCGUCUACCCAGCGGGGAUAAAUGGCACACACGGAGUCAUCGAGGUGGCUCGAGUGGAAGGACGAACACCACCACUGCUAUCGCAGCAGGCGAUGCAGGACCUGGGCGUGAUCGUCAACUACCGCAAGAAGGUGAUGGACAUCGAGGAGGCCGGAGUGUUCAAGAAGCCGAUCAAGCAGUCGCGGUCGGGGCACUUCCUCGUGGACAUCGGAGAGUAUGGCAACCCGAACGAGUUCCCGGAGUGUUUCCACAUCAACAGCAAGAUGGACAUGACCCCACAGGAGGAGGCCGGCGAACUCGGUUUCAAGGACCUCUCGCGUGUUGGAGUCCUGCAGCGAGGUAGGAAGAAGAGGCUGCAGAGGACCACGAGAGGAUUUGCUGACGCGUUGGCCGCAGAGGCGAAGGGAUCCGGCCACAAAGACUCGCCGACAGCGAGGUCGAAAUCCAAGAGGUGGAAGUUCCUGGAGAUCUUCUCGUGGACGCUUGCUCUAUCGUGCGAGGCGGCGGCGCAAGGGUGGCAGGUCAUGCCGCCAAUUAGCAUCGAGACGGGCUUCGACCUCUACACACGUUCCGGGCGAGCACGAGCCUGGAGGGAGGUCGUCGACAACAAGCCGGACGUGGUGGCCAUGGCUUGGCCCUGUGACCCCUGGACGGUGAUGCAUAACUACCAGGCACACCGCCCAGCGUUCCAGAAGGAGUUGCAGGUGCGGCAACAGCAGUCCCGUGGAGCGUUGAGGUUCGUGAAGAGGGUGGCCGACUACCAACGCAAACGCGGAGCCUACUUCUACGGCGAGAACCCGCUCACGAGCAAGGCCUUCCAGGAGAGGCCGAUAGUGGAGCUGCUGAAGUCGCACGGCACGACGGUGGUGGACAUGUGCGCGUUCGGGCUCCGACAUCCAGACUCGGAUUUACCCAUUAAGAAGCCAUCACGAAUCAUCAUGUCCACGCAGACGAUGGCGGACAAGCUCGAACGACGGUGCCCAGGACACCGACAACACGCUAAGAUCGAAGGGCGACUGGCUACGCAAAACAUGAGGACGAGCACGUACGCCGGCGGCUACACGAAGGAGUUCGCCGAGGCCGUCAUCAGCGUGUUCGCGGAGGCGUUGGACAUACGGUACCUGACGAAGUUGACGCCCGGCUGGCACGGCAGCGGCGACCUUGUGAUACACGUGGGACAAGGUAGGGUUCAACUAUGGUCGAAGGACUACCCCGAGCACACCGUGAGAUCCGUUUAUGCGGUCAAGAAGACAAGUGACCGUGGCGGGAAGAAAUGGUAUUGCGAGGAGUUCGACAAACAGGAGCCCCACCUGAAGUUCUACCGGAUGUACCCCCAGAAGAUCCUGAAGGACAACAAUCACAGGAGCCUCGAGAGCAGCAAGUACAACAACCACCGGAGCCUCAAGAGCAGCAAGUACCUCAGACAACAGCGGAAGAGAUGUUCUCUACGACGAGAGGCCAACAAGAAGUGGCCCAUGUUCCGCCUGAAGUUCGCGCGGAAGUACGACGAGCACACCGGAAUCUGGGUCAUUGCGGCCGUGAAGCGCUACUACGAGCUGAAGGACGCGAGUGGCGGCAAGUACCUGGCCCUGAAUUGCGUGGAUUUCGCGACGAAGUUCUCGUGCCUGAUCAUGCUGGAGAACCCCUCCAACGCAGAGGCGGCCAGGAUGUUCAUGACGAAGUGGUGCGCCUGGGCCGGAGUACCUCUCGCGUGCCACUCCGACAACGGCUCGGAGUUCUGGAAGGAUUUCGCGUCCUACGCGGAGUCGGUGGGAAUCACGAUGAGAGUGGUGCCCACGGAAAGUCCGUGGCAACACGGGCUGGUCGAGCGCCACGGGGCCGUCAGCAACGACAUCGUGCGCGCGAUUGUGGACGAGUGCACCAUCCAGGGCCCGGCCGAGAUGGAGCUCGCCAUAGCGGCGGCGAACAUCUGCAAGAACCGAAGAGUGGAUCCAUCAGGAUACAGUCCUAGGAUGAGAGUUUUCGGUUGUGGAGACAGGUUGCCAGGCAGCGUGCUGGACAGCCUCCUCAGUGACGAACAGUACCCAGAGAUCGCCGUGCACGACGCGGUGCUCAAGGACUACCAGGUCCAGCGGUCGCAGAAGAUAAGCGAGGCGGCUCAGGUCGCGCUGGCGAAGCUGGACAACAGCGACAAGUGGAGGAAGGCCAUCGUCCACAACUACCGACCCACACCUUCGCCGUGGAUGCCCGGAGAGUGCGUGUUCUUCUGGCGAGCGGCAGGUACCUUCAAGCCGCAGGCAAGAUCCACAAGACGGGCAGACCGGUGGCACGGUCCAGCAGUCAUCCUCGGCAGGGAGUGGGGACGUGAAGGCCAGAACGAAGCGUACUGGCUGGUGUUCAACGGGAACCUCCUGCUGGUGGCACCACAACACAUCAGGUCGGCAACCCCAGAGGAGCGCUUGGCGAGCGAGGCCAUCAGCAGCAUCCUCGAGAACUACAACAUGGACCUGAGCGGGAUCUCGAGGGGCCAGCACACGUUCGAGGACCUGAGGCCGAGCGCGAUGGAGAGUACAACGAUACCUCCGAAUCCAGUCGAAGUGCCAGUGCCGGCCGUCGAGACCCCAGUCCCGGACCUGGACACGGAGACGCUGUACGCGAUGAACGACGUGUUCUCGCUGGAGCUCCGUCCUUUCCAAGCAGGCACCAAGGGGAAGGAGUUGGACUCGCGGAAGUUCACGAAGGCGGAGUGGCUUGGGUUCAACAAGAGCAUCGCCAAGAACUGGAAUCAGCACCUGGAGCACGAGGCCGUCAGGGUGGUCCUGCCCGACGAGGCGGCGAAAGUCGACAAGUCGAGGAUCUUCAAGGUGCCGGCACGCUUCGUGCAUACCCUCAAGGAGGGCCAACCGAACAGCCGACUCGUGAUCCCAGGCCACCUCGACCCGGACAACCAGGGCAAGCUUGGCAUCAAGCACGCGAAACGCAUGGCGGUUUCGUCAGAGACGGCAGGCACGCGGACAGAUGCACCAGUGGCGCCCAUGGUAGGGCUGAUGCUGCUGCUGAACUUGGCAGCGCAUUUCGGCUGGGAUCUCGGGGCGUUCGACAUCGGCUCGGCGUUCCUCACCGGCAAGACGAACACGAGACGGUUAUAUGUGAUGCCUCCCGGGGAAGGGCUGCCUGGAGUCCCUGCUGGAAGCUUGGUGGAACUACUCAAAGGUGUAUUCGGACUACGAGAAUCCCCUCGCUUGUGGUGGGAAAAGUUCUCGGAGGUGUUGAUUCAGGCCGGAUUCCAGCCGCUCAAGACCAUGAAAGGAGUUUUUGUCAUUCGGGACGACAAGGGCAAGAUCGAGGCGGUCCUGUGUGUUCACGUCGACGACGGACUCUGGGGUGGUACCGGCGAGCGGUUCGCCAGAGCGAAGGAGAUCGUACGCGAGAAGCUAAACGUGACCAAGGAGAAGCAGGGUCGGUUCGAGUUCCUCGGCCGGCGCAUCAACCAGCUGUCGGACAAGUCCAUAGAGGUCGACCAGCACGAGUACAUCGAGAAGAUGGAGAAGAUCUUCGUGCCGGCCUCCAGGCGGAAGGACCCCGAGAGCAAGGCGACCGAAGAAGAGCUCUCGAAGUACCGCAGCCUUGGACAACAAUUAUCGUGGCCCGCGCGGACGACACUACCUGGAUUAGCCUAUGACGUCAGUGACCUGCAACAGCAGACGCCAGACUUGACGGUCGGCCAGCUGUGCAAGGCGAACACGGUGUUGAGCAUGGCCAAGGAGAUGGUGACGCGUGACGUCAAGCUACGAUUUCAUCGCGGAGAUGGAUCGGGGCGAUUUGGAUGCAUGUGCGUACACGAUGCCUCGUACGACAGGCAGCCGAGGAGUGGAUCGCAACAAGGGUUCAUCCUACUGCUCACCGACGAGAAGUUCGACGCCAAGAAGGUCAACGUGGUGGAUUGGUGCUCGAGCAAGAUCCAUCGUGUGGUGAGAUCUACAUUGGCAGCGGAGGCGGCCAGUGCGAGCUACGGGUUCGAUAGGGCGUGCUUCGUGAGGACGGCAUUGGCCGAGAUGCUGUACGGCUGGGAGUCAGAGAGCGACUGGACGACAUUGAAGGGCAAGAUCCCCAGCCUGUGCGUGACGGACUGCAAGAGCUUCGUCGACCUCUGCCGGAAGGAGGGGAGCAUGCCGACGGAGAGGAGGAUCGUGUUAGACCUCGCGGACCUUCGAGAUCGAUUGGAAGCCGGAGACGGCUUGACGUGGACAAACACCCGCCUGAUGCUCGCCGACCCACUGACCAAGCACAUGAAGGACCAGAGCUAUUUGGAGCACGUCCUCAAGACGGGAGAAUACGUCUACAGGUGCAAGUACGAGACCAAG